AUGCUGAAGUGGAUACUAUGUUUCUGUCUUCUUGGAAAAGCGUUAGCUCAAGGAGCGCCCGGUCAAAUGCCAUUAUAUGCAAGUGCGGACCCUAUGAUGUCUAAACUAUCUCAGAUUCAGUUUGCGGAAAUGCCAAAUAUGAAGGGCGACAAAUACCCAGAUGUUGAUGCUCAUCGCAUAAUUGGUCCUAUCAUGAGUCCUAUAAUGGAAGUUUUCGAUCAAAUGAAAGAGAACCAACGGGCUCGAGAUCAAGCUGAAAAAAUAAGAAAAGACAGAGAUGAUCAUCCAUUGAGUACAUCGAGAAGUUUAUGGGAAAUGUUUCAACGUUUACAACAGCCGACAACUACAACGACAGAAGCACCUCCACUCAUAGAACGACUUUUCAAGCCAUAUAUUGAACCAUGGCAGAAACAACUGGACGAUUUCUCUAAAGAUAUGGCGGGAAUCACUCUUAUUCCAACCACAACAACAACACCCGCUCCUACGACUACAACAACUCAAAACAUAUUGGAGAAGUCACUCUCCAUGUUCUUCCCGUCAUUACGUAGAAAACCACAAUCUGUUCCAACACUCCCACCAACUACAACUCCGACACCUCGCCUUUUUGACCCGGAUAUGUUUGAUCGUCUGUUUUUCAAACGUGAUAAAAGACAAGCAACCGUUGCACCAGUGCCAAAGUUCGAUUUGUUCACAGUGCCACCACCACCCCCACUUUUUCAAGAAUGGGAGAAACCUAUUCUCGGAGUAGCAAACCCAUUCACUCUGAAUCCAUUGAUGAAGAUGUUUACGACACCAUCUCCACCACAAACGCUGGCCCCUCUACCAAAGAUUCCCGAUCCAAACCCAUAUGAAAUGACUAAAGGACUUCCGGAACCACAAUUCAAACUUCAAGACCCCUUCUACAAUCCUUUGUUCCCGAGCAGGAAAAGCAAAAUAUUCGAUCUACUAGCGGGCGGUGAAGCAGGUCGACUACUCGGAUAG